AUGGCCGCCCACAACUACCAGGACGCCGCGGCCGCCGCUGGCCACGUCCCCCGCCGGAACGGCACCCCACACGGCUGGGUGCAGUCCCAAGUCCCCAGCGGCACACGGGCGCUCGCCGCGGCCGCCGCUCAGCCGCCUUUGCGAGAGGUCGCGUUCCCGGGGGGCGAGGGCGCCAACAAGAGCCCGGAGGAGAUGGCGAAGGAGUUGCUGAACAAGAUGGACGACCUCUCGAUGUUCAAGCUGGCCAAGGUCUACAGUUCGAUGGCUCGGGGGAGCGCCUCAGCGUGGUCGCCGCGCGGAAGCAGGGGCUCGACGGCUUCCCGCUGCACCUCGGAAACCUCGGCGAGAACG